AUUCGCGUUCAAACGGUUGCGCAUGCGCUGUGAAAACAGGAAGCGAAUUCAUCUGCUUAGCUUACUAAUUAAAAAAAUCUCACAGUGAUAAAACGACAUAGCCUAUAGUCUUCUUUAAGCGUUAUCCACGUCUUUCGGAAAUGUAGUAAAAAUGUUUUGGGCUAGUUUUUUUCAGUCUAUGUCAGCUCAAUAAGGGCGGGGCUCUGACACGAAAGUAAGGCGAAAGAGAUAUUUCUACAGGGCAAAAAAUAUUGAUUGAUCUCAUUGUUGAUCAUCUUUAUUAAAUUUGGAUUCAAACGUGGAACAUGUUAAGACUUGUUUUAUUCUUAUCAUUGGCAGCAGCUGUGUCUGGUGCAGAGACGGAUAAAACUGAGCCUGUGUCGGUGAUGGAGGGAGAUUCUAUUACUCUACAAACGAAUCUUACCGAAAUACUGAAUGGUGACACUAUAGUGUGGAUGUUUGGCUCUAACGACGCUCUCAUAUCUCAAAUUGGAAGAAAGGAUCACUUUACCUCAUUUUUUGUCACUGAUGAUGUGAAAUUCAGAGACAGAUUGCACCUGGACCAAACUGGAUCUCUCACCAUCAGAAACACUAGAACCAAACACGCAGGACAAUAUAAACUAAUCAUCAUGAGAGAAAAAACCACGUCCAAGAUAUUUAUUGUUAAUGUUUUAGUUGUGGUUGGUGAGAGGGAUGGAAUAAAGUCAUUGUCAGUGCCGGUGAAGGAGGGAGAUCCUGUCACUCUACACCCUGACGCUGAAAUACACAAAGAUGCUCUACUGCUGUGGAGGUUUGUAGAAGGCGGCAUUCUCCUGGCUAGAGUGGACAUUGAGACUAACGAGACCUCAGUAAACAACGCUAAUGAGAGAUUCAGAGACCGACUGGAGCUGGAUCAGACCGGAUCGCUGACUAUCAAGAACACCAGAAGCACAGACUCCGGACUUUAUGAACUUCAGAUCAGAGGCAGUGAGGGCUUACAGCGGUUCUUUGUUUCUGUCAUUGAUCCAGGUCCGUCUUCAGGUGUUAUAGCAGGAAUCAUGUUAGGUGUUAUAGCUGUUCUUCUGCUGCUCGCGGUCGGAGCUGUUGCUCAGGUUCACUAUCGCCGCAGGAUUUCGAAAUUACAAAGUCAAAUCAGUGAAGAGAAAGAGUCAGUGAUGGAGGGAAAAUCUGUCACUCUACAAACUGGUCUUACUGAAAUACAGGGGGAUUGUACCGUAGAGUGGUGCUAUGAAGAUCAAGGCAAUCUCGUUGGUAAAAUCAAUUCAAAGUCCACAGAGACGUAUGAUGGUGCUGAUGGGAGAUUCAGAAGCAAACUAAGCCUGAAUGCAGUUGGAGAUCUCACUAUCAGUAACACCAGGACCAUUCAUUCUGGACUCUAUAAACUGAAGAUCAGCAGCAGCAGAAAACCCAUAUACAAGAAAUUCUCUGUUACCAUCAACGUGGAGUCAGUGCCAGUGAAAGAGGGAAAUUCCGUCACUCUUCAGACUGAUGCUGAAAUAAAGGAAGGCGAUCUGAUCCUUUGGACGUUUGGAGCUAUGAACAUUCUGGUCAUUAGAGCCGAACGAGCAGGAACAAUUAGUGUUAACGAGAGUUUCAAAGACAGACUGGAGCUGGAUCAUCAGACCGGAUCUCUGACCAUCAAAAACACUAGAAUCGCAGACUCUGGACAUUUUAAAUUACAGAUCAUCAAUCGCAAUAAGACCAGAUUCAGAAGAUUCAAUGUCACCUUCAUUGCUUCUACAGAAAACCAAGAUAAUUCAGAGAUUGUAUUGAUGCCGCUGUUGAAUGGAGAUGUUGCCGAUGGAGGAAAUCAGCAUUAAGUUCAUAAGAUAAGACGCAUCCAGCAGCGUCAGUCACUCUGAAAUCAUUUGAGCUCAACAACAAAUUUCUGCUUUUAAUAAUAUGAGAAACAAAAAGUUUUCUAGGGAGCACAAGCAGAAGGGGCCAAACCGUUCACGGUCAAUACGAAUCGUACAUAACACUUCCAGAAGAUCCGUGGUGCUACAACUACCAAACAUCAGCUUUAAAAGUCCAGUACACUCCUAAAAUAACUGAUAAAAGGUAGUUUCUGCUGUGAUGCAAUUGAAGAAUUGUUCCUUAAACAAUCUUUCAGUGAACAGUUCAUGCUAUUGUACAAAAAAGCUAACUUUUUUUAAUAUAAUUUUUUUUAUGAAUAUACAGAGUAUAUAUAUAUGUAGCUAAGUUAACUUUUAAGCUUUUAUGUUAAUAUUCAUUUUUCCUUGUUUAUGUGUUUUCAUUGUUGUUGAAUCUCAGGCUUGUGGAGUUUGAUGAACUGUUUUGUGUUAAUGAAUGUUGCUGAGAAGCAGUUUUGGUUUUAACAGUAUAUGUUGAAUUUGUGCUGAUAAUUCAUUCCACCAGCCAAGAACAGUGAAGGAAAAUGUUCUGGAGAGUGAUUUUGAGCCGGUCCAUAAUGGUACCACGAGGCGUUCACCCUCGUUCACGGAUUUAAGGCUUCGGGACGGGAUGCAGAUUCUUAAAAAUGAGUGAAAACUGGGCCUGUGGCUGUUAGCAUCAGUGUUUUUGUCAGUGCAAGGAGAUAAAGAGAGGUGUAAUAUGGGCUCUUUUGGGUUCGUUGAAAACCCAUCUCAUUGUUACAUUCUGAACCAUUUGUAGACGUUUGAUUGUCCAGCCAAGAGCUUUGCAGUAGUCCAGCCAAUUCACACUCAACAAUUUAAUCAUGUUUUUAUUUACUUUUUUUGAAUUGUGUUUUGCUCUGUUUAAUAAUUCUGAAUAUGUAUUCAUGUAUAUUAUAUAAGGUGACUCUGUGUGCUCCUGUUUGCUGCUGCAGGACUUAUUUAUAUAACAGAUCAAUUUUGAAAAACAAAAUGUAAAAACACUUGAAGAAAUUAAAUGUAUUAUUUUUAAA